AUGUUGAAGGCGGGUCUUGAUAUGAUAACCGUGGUGCCCAGUGAGCGAUGGGACAUUGACCUUUAUUAUGAUCCGGAUCCCAGCGAGCCUGGCAAGAUGUACACUCGUUUUGGCGGCUUCAUUCGCUGCUUGGAGGACUUUGACAACGUCAUGUUUGGCAUCGCGGAACCUGAAGCUCAAGCUAUGGAUCCGCACCAGCGAAUCUUGCUUGAAGUGGUCUAUGAGUCUUUCUGGAAUGGCCAGCAGAACAAGGAGAGCUUGUUGAAUUCCAGCACCGGGUGCUAUAUCGGCUGCGCUACGAUGCUGGGUGUUGGCGUGCAGGAUGAUGACAUUGGUCCCUUUACGAUGAUUGGCUCUUCAACAUCUGGGAACUCUGGACGCGUUUCGCAUGCCCUGGGCCUUCGUGGACCUUGCCUCACAAUUGACACGGCAUGCUCGUCAACUCUGGUCGCAUUUGAUUGCGCUGUGCAAGCCGAGCGACUGGGCAAGUGUGACAAGAGCGCCGUGGCUGGCAGCAACCUGCAGCUGUGCCCGAACACGUGGGUAGGUUUCUGCAAGAUGGCUAUGGCACUGUCGCCUGAUGGCCGCUGCAAAACCUUCGACGAAACUGCCAACGGCUUCGGGCGCAGCGAUGGUGUCGGAUCAUUAACCUUGGAGUUGGGCGUGAACAAGGUUGGCCAGCACCAAGUUGCUACGGCUCUUGGCGUCUGUGUCAACCAGGCGAUCUUACCUGGCACCUGUGUCGCACAGGAUGGUCGCAGUGCAACGAUUACAGCACCGUCUGGCCCUGCGCAACAACGGUGCAUCCAGGGCUGCUUACAGGAAGCUGUGGUGAAAGUCUUGGAGGUUUCCCUUGUGGAAGUACAUGGGACAGGCACUUCGCUUGGUGAUCCAAUUGAGGUGAGUGCGAUGAAAGGCACCCUGGGCAAGCACCGCAGUGACGAAUCACCGUUGAUCAUGGCCGCACUGAAGUCCAUCAUUGGACACCCAGAAGGCUCUUCGGGCGUUGCCGGCAUCAUCAAGAUGGUCAACGAAUUCACCCACAGGAUGAUUCCAAAGAAUUUGCAUUUGCAGAAGAUGAACUCAAACAUUGACUUGACUGCUUUCCCCGUCAUCAUGCCGGACAGCCUCAUUGAUUGGAGAGGAUCUCGCGCUGUCGCUGGUGUCACUUCGUUCGGGUUCUCGGGCACAAACAGCCAUGCAAUUCUGGAAGCUCCCGAGGAUGGGUAUGCCAAGGGCAUUAGGCUUGAGAGGCCGGACAAAAUUUCUUGGAAUCGGAAGCGUCAUCCUAUGCCCUCUGACCUGCAAUCUGGAGCUUCUUCCAGGCUUCAUUCGAAGCCCACCUUGCCAAGCGCUUUCCGUCAUCUUGCUCAUGAUGAACUGGCGGUUGAGGUGGACGAGGUGGUGCAAGGUGUUGUCACAAGAUUUCUUGGAUCCAAGCCUCCUGACGAUAUGCCUUUGAUGGAAGCCGGCCUGACUUCCUUAACUGCCGUGGGACUCCGGGAUGCAAUUUCCAAGGAGUUGGAAGGCUUAAAGCUUCCAAGCACCCUCAUGUUCGACUGCCCGAGCCCGAAAGCCAUCUCCGAAUACGCUACAGAAGCAAUGUCUUCCCCCGGUUCCCCAGCAUCCACGCGGGCAGCCACGGGCCGGGUGCGAACUGGCGGCAGUGGUCAUGCAGCCGUCUCUCUGGACAUGGUGUUCCCCGGAGAUCUGGAUUCUUACACCGACGAGGAGAGACAAAGCCUCAAAUCACAGUUGCUGGAGCAGAUCUUGGCAAGGACGAAUUUGAGAGCUGAGGAGGUCAAGGACUUGGAUUUCGAACCUGGGUCCGAUAGCAUGUUCUUGGUCAGAGCCAAAUUCGGUCCGAAGGUGCUUGUGGAAACUGUCGACUCAAGGAUUGCGGGGGUACCUUUCACUCUGGAACUUGCUAGCAGACCAUCACUCUCGUCGUCCAGCGUGUUGGCAGCAGAGGGGUCUCCGGCUACAUUGACAUCACAUCCGCCCCAACAUUCCAGCCUGCAGCUUGCAGCCAACAGAGCAGCUUUUCGGUUCCCAUUCCAGGGAGCAACCAUGGAGGAAUGGUGGCAGGCACUGAGCCAGAAGUCAGAUUGUGUGAGUGAGAUUCCGAUGGAGAGAUGGGAUGUCGAUGUUUACUACCACGAGGACUCUGAAGCUCCAGGAAAGAUGAUGGUGCGCCAUGGUUCGUUCGUGCUAGGAGCCGAUCAAUUCGAUGCUUCCUUCUUCGAGUUAAACCUCCUGGAGGCAAAGGCCAUGGAUCCACAGCAACGACUGCUCCUUGAGGUUGUCUAUCAUUCGUUCCAUGUGUCCGGCUUCGACAAGAGAUCCCUUAUGGGCAUGGAUGCCGCUGUAGCGGUGGGCCAAUGCAAUUACGAUUGGGGCCACAUGAGCCUCAGUGGCCACGUAUCGCAGAAGAUCGGAUCCUACACCGGCCUAGCAGUCUCGCCCUCCCUCUCUUCGAACCGGGUGUCCUACCUGCUUGGCCUGCUGGGCCCAAGUGCGACGGUAGACACAGCCUGCUCAUCCUCACUUGUUGCAGUCGACAUGACUGCAUCUAACAUUCGUCGAUCGAGGUGCACGAGCGGAGCUGCUGCGGCCGUCAACUUGUGCUUGAUUCCGGAGUUGUUCAUUACCUGCAGCAAGGCCCACAUGCUCUCCACAGACGGACGCUGCAAGACUUUCGAUGUGUCUGCCAAUGGAUAUGUGCGUGGAGAAGGGUGUGCCUCAAUCACGAUGUCCCUGUAUGACGUUCAUGGUGCUUUUGCAGUGGAGCCAGCUGCGGUGCUUCAGGCUUCAGCUGUCAAUCAGGACGGCAGGAGCGCAUCCCAGACUGCGCCGCAUGGACCUUCGCAGCAGGCCGUCAUCAGGACAGCCUUGGCGGAGGCGAAGAUGGAGCCGCAAGCGAUUGCCUGCAUCGAGACUCACGGCACAGGUACUGCCUUGGGCGAUCCAAUUGAAUUUGGGGCUUUGAGAGGCAUUUUUGCGCAACGCAGUGCAGAUGAUCCACUGGCUCUCUGCGCUGUCAAGACCAAUCUCGGUCAUUUGGAAGGAGCAGCUGGAAUGGCUGGACUGCUGAAGACCCUUUGCAUGCUCGCCCGAAAACGGUCCCCUCCAAAUCUGCACUUCAAAGAGCUGAAUCCCCACUGUGAUCUCGAAGACUUCCCCGCCAGUCUACCAGUGGAAGGUCUUCUUGAAUGGAGUCGGGUGGCCGUGGAUGCGGCAUCUACAGAAACGGGUACGAAAGGUUUUGGGUUUCAAUUUGUGCGCGUCGCUGCUGGCCUUUCGUCCUUCGGAUUUGGAGGUACAAAUGGGCAUGUGCUCCUAACGGACUUUGCAGAGACAAUUCCGGCCGAGGAAGGCCUUGUCUUCAAGCGGCAGUCCUUUGGGUGGGCCCGACCUCAUGCGCUGCUCACGCGGACGUGGCAUACCCUCGAGGGUACGCAGAUCUUUGCCAAGCCCCUGGUGGGCAAGCUGUUGCAGCUUGUCAGUCAUCACGUACUCUUCGGCGAGAUGGUCAUGCCUGGGGCAGCCUACCUUGAGAUGGUGCUCGCUGCUGGUGAGCUGCACUUGAAUGCGGGCAAGCUGUGGAAGAUCCACAAGGUUAGCUUCACCGCGCCGCUAGUUCUACAGCAGGGGCACAAACCUGGAAAGUUGGUGCGGGAUAUUGACAUGUACUUGGAAAUUUUCCCGGACAUGCAUUGGUCAAUUUUCAGCUUUGACGCAAGUCAGGGCAGGAAUGGCAACGUAUCCAAGGAACUUGACCUGAAUGGUUUUGGCAACAUCACAUCCCCCUGUGUGGAUCUAGACGAGGUCGCUUUCUCUGCUCUCGGCUUCGUGCUCGAGCGACGCUUCCAGACGGUUCGUCAGAUCUUGCGCGCUGACAAGGAGGUGCUGGCGCGAAUAGUGGCUGAGAAUGAGGACGCAGAGGCUGGCUACCUUUUCAACCCCACGGUCAUCGAUGGAGCGUUCCAAAGCUCCAUGGCUCUCAUGCGCCAGCGCCACCAAACGACCGACGGCUUGGCUUCCCUGCGUGUUCCAUUCAUGGUGGAGACAGUCACAUGCUAUGGGCAAGGAUCUCGUGCUGACAUUUGGGUGCACCACCAGCUUGUCAGAAACACGGACCACGAGCUUUGGGUCAAUUGUGAGCUCUGCAACGAGGAGGAUGGCAGCAUCAUGCUCGGAUUUGAGACAAUGAAGUUUCGUGAAGUGCAUCCUCAACAUAUUGCCAAGAUGUUCGAGCGCACCGACGUGGAGGAAGACAUACAUGAAGUGGAGUGGAUGGCUGCGGAAGCAUCAGAAGCAUCCGGAUCUCCAGCAGCACUGGUCGGCCCAAAAGGCACGGGCCUGGCCUUUCUCGGCGCGGAGAAGCUGAGCAGUUCGUUGAAGGUGUUGCUGCCUGAGGCCAGCUUCCUGGAGACGGCUGCGGACUCGACCUUUGAAGGGAUCGAGGUUGCGGUGCUACUCGCGGCAUCGCAGGACGCGGAUGAAAUGCAGGUGUUGUUCCAUGCCGUGCUUUUGGUGCAGGCAGCCAUGGCACUGGCCGCAAAGGGCCAUCAAGUGCCCAAGAUCGCUUUCUUCACCUUCAGAACGCAGGACGCGCCUGAGCGUGGAGCGGGAAGCUACUUGCAUGCUGGCCUGUGGGGUUUGGCGCGCACCGCACGACUGGAAGACGCCUCGCUCGACCUCUACUGCUUUGACCUGGACGUGCCCGAUCCGGACGACGCAGAUGCUACGGCGCAGGUCAUCCUGGAACAGCUUGGCAGCAUUGGUGGAGUCGAGACCGAACUAGCUCUCAGCGGGGGCCCCUAUGUGCCCCGGCUCUGCCGCUGCUCAGUGCAGCCCCAGAAGCCCAUGCGUCUGGAGAUGAAGUCGCGAGGGAGCCUGUCCAACCUUCGUGAGGUCCCCCUUCAGCGCACGUCGCCGGACGCAGACCAAGUGGAGCUGCGCGUUCGUGCGGUUGGCCUCAACUUCCGGGACGUCCUGAACGUCAUGGAUCUGUAUCCCGGCGACCCCGGCAACCCAGGUGGUGAUUGUGCUGGCACUGUUUGUACUGUCGGAGAGCGAGAGACACGGCUCCGUCCCGGGCAAGAUGUCUUCGGCAUCGCCCCAGGCUGCUUACAAGCUUUCGCUUGCACAGAGGGCCUGCUCAUGGUUCCGAAGCCUAAGCGAUGGUCCUUCGAGCAGAUGGUGGCGUGGCCAGUUACUUUCGCAACUGCCGAGGAAGCCUUUGUGGAGCUGGCUCCCUUGAAGCUUGGUGAGCGGGUGCUGAUCCACGCAGCUGCUGGAGGAGUGGGGCUUGUUGCUGUGCAGCUCGCACAGCGCGUGGGCGCGACGAUGUUCGCCACAGCUGGGAGCCCUGAGAAGGUGCAGUACCUGCGGGAUCGUGGCGUGAAGUACAUCACAAGCAGCCGCGAUGUCCAGCAGUUCGAGGAGGACAUGAAGACCUUCCUGCAAAAGGACGGUGCUGAGGAUGGAGUGGAUGUAGUUCUGAACAGUCUGAGCCACGAAGGCUUCAUUCCCAAAUCCCUCAGCUUUCUUUCGAAGGGUGGGCGCUUCAUGGAGAUUGGCAAGAGAGGUGUCUGGAGCCAUGAGCGCAUGCGUCUUGAGCGGCCUGAUAUUCAGUACGAGAAGAUCGCCAUGGACUGGGUGAUGGAGUACCAGCCCGAGCGCUUCAAUCUGCUGCUGGCACGUCUCCUGGGCCAGGUGGAGGAGGGUCUGUGGGAGCAGGUGCCGCUGACGCUCUACGAAGGCCUUGGCUCCGGCGUGGAGGCGCUGCGGUACAUGCAGCGUGCGCAGCACAUCGGCAAGGUUGUGCUGACGCAGCCGCCGCGCAUGGGCUGCCGCGCAGAUGGCACAUACCUUCUGAGUGGAGGCCUUGGCGCCCUGGGCUUAGUCACUGCAGAGAUGAUGGCGGAAGAGGGUGCCAAGUCAAUGGUGCUGCUCUCACGCCGGGGAGUCGUUAACCACGACUUGAGCGAGGCGUGGAAGAGGCUAGAGAGCUUCGACAUCGAGAUCCUGAUCAACGCCUGCGACGUGGCCCAGAGCGCCGAUGUGGAGAGGCUGGUGACCAGCGUCACGCAAAGCUACCCAGGCUACACUCUUCGCGGCUUGAUGCACCUGGCGGCUGUGCUCGAUGAUGCAACCUUGCCUAAACUCACGCAAAAGCACCUGGAGUCUGCCUAUGGUGCGAAGGUCUGGGGCUCACGGCAUUUGCACAUGUCUCUCAAAUCCAGAGUUGCCUUGGACUUCAUGGUGCUUUUCUCCUCAACGUCCGCCCUCUUGGGGUCGCCUGGCCAGGGCAAUUAUUCUGCAGCCAACGCUGCCUUGGAUGCUUAUGCGCGGUACUGGAAGGCCAUGGGUGAGCACGUGGUCUCCGUGCAGUGGGGCCCGUGGCGAGAGCUUGGCAUGGCAGCUCAGACCGGAGCUGUGCAGCGCUUGAAAGCGCAAGGCUCAAGAAGUGCUGUGUUCCCAGCUGAGGUUGGCAUGGCGAUCCUUUCAGGAUCCCUGCACGCUUCUGGCAGCAUCAUCGCAGCUUGUCCGGUGUACUGGACGCAAUACCUGAAGCAGCCACCCGGCAGAGACUCCUUCAGCAACUUCGGGAACACCCUUCGGCGAAGAUCGCAAGUUUGUUUGCCGUUCGAAGGGUUUGCGGAGUUUUUCGCAGGUUGUCCAGUGUAUUGUUGA